AUGACAAAUAUAAAAUCAUCAUUUGUACGGCGUACAUCAUUGUGUCCACCUCAUGAACGUAGUGAUUUACCAAAUGCUUCAAUGGUUGAUGGUUCAAGCGUACCAAAAAGUAUUACUCAACAUCCUCGACAACGUGAUCAAGAAACUGCAACUGUACAAGAUCAGCAAAAUCAAUUAGCACAACAACGUCUUUCAUUGAUUAAUGCUGUUCAAAUAGUAAAAAAUUGGCAUAAAAAAACUCCAAUGGAUAAUCCAACAAAUGAAAUACAUCAGUCUGAUAUAAAUGUACAUAGAAUAAAUAAUUUAAUAAAAAAAUAA